AUGCCUCUGCUUGCCCCUGGCAGCCCAGGCACUUCGCCCGUAAGGCUGAGAUUGCCUGUUAGGAGAUCUUCGACCAUCCUCCUCGUCUUCACGAUCCUCAGCUUCUUCAUGCUUGUUUACGCCUCAAGAAGGAUAACUAACUGGUCGAUGAUGGAUGGACCGAAUGCGCCGUACCGGAGCGAGUACUCGCCGAUGGGUGUUUGCCCCGAUGGGGAGAAUUGUUCGCACGCAACACAGCCUAACUCCGUUAAGCAGUCUGAGACUGCCUCCUCGAUUUCGUCGACGUCGUUCACGGAGUCCACGCCGCCUCCAGCACCCCCGCAACCCCAAGAUCCCCUGUGUGAAGGUUUCCCUAAUACCAGCAGUGUGCUGUUGGUCAUGAAAACUGGUGCUUCCGAGGCCUUCGCUCGCGUUCCGACUCAGCUGAUGACGAAUCUCAGGUGUCUGGACGACUUUCUCAUCUUCAGCGACAUGGAGCAGGAUAUUGCCGGCUUCCACAUCUAUGACAGCCUCGACAAGGUUCUGCCGGAAGCGCGCUCAGGGAACCCAGACUUUGACAUCUACCGUCGUCAGCAGUGGUGCUUUAUUGAUCAGGACAGCUGCAAUAAGCUAGGCGAUCCUGCGAAGGAGGGCUGGAGCCUGGACAAGUACAAGAACAUUCAUAUCGCUGAGAAGACAUGGGCCAUGCGUCCCAACUAUGACUGGUACUUAUUUGUCGACGCCGACACGUAUGUUGUGUGGUCGAAUCUCAUGCAAUGGCUGAGUACGAUGGAUCCGAAUAAGAAACUGUAUCUCGGCAGCGUGGCCUUGAUCGGAAAUUUCCCCUUUGGCCACGGCGGUUCAGGGUACAUCGUCAGCAGGGCUGCCAUGGAGGAGUUCGUGGGCAAGCAUCCGGGUGUUGGGAACGAAUUCGAUGUGCGCGCGAGAAAAGAGUGCUGCGGUGACUAUUUGUUUGCGGUCGCGAUGGAAAACAAGACCGGAAUCAAGGUUCAGCACAUGUGGCCCACCAUUAACGGCGAGAAGCCGUUUACUCUGCCAUACGGCCCGUCGCAUUGGUGCCAUCCAAUUGUGACCAUGCACCACUUGAAUAGCGAUGAGAUCAACUCUUUCUUCAACUUCGAGAGAAAGUUCCUUGAGUCUCACCCACCCGGCACCACGAUCCUAAUGCGCGAUAUCUAUGAACACUUCCUUGCCCCCAACCUCCUGCGCAUCCGAGCCGACUGGGAUAACCUCGCCGACAACCGCUUCUACCUCGAUCUCACUCGCCCUGGAGGUCGGUCCUACUGGGACGAUUGGAUGGUGAAGCGGAUGAAGAAGGAUGAAGAACUGAAUGAGAUGGAGAAGAAUGCGCACUUGUCGUUUGAGGCGUGUGAGAACGCGUGUCGGAGCGUCUCCGAGCAUGAGUGCUUCACCUUCCGGUACCAGAACGGCAUGUGCGCGUUUGGUAAUGCAUUCAAAAUCGGCAAGCCGGUGAAGCGCGAUGAUACAAAGGGAUCGAUGAUGAGUGGCUGGUUGACCGAGAGGAUAUCGGAAUGGAUCCAGAAACAGGGGGAGUGCAAGGUCAAGUGGCCUACGCCUGAGUACAAGGACUAG